GGCCGCCGUUGAAGAAGACUGUGGAGUUGUGGCCGAUCAGGAAUUGGAAGAGCUUCUGGAAAGAUGCUCUCUUCGCUUCCCAAGAGAAGUUCUUCCAGGAACUGUUUGACAGUGAGUUGGCGUCCCAAGCCACUGCAGAAUUUGAGAAGGCAAUGAAGGAGUUGGCAGAGGAAGAGCCCCACCUGGUGGAGCAGUUCCAAAAGCUCUCAGAAGCUGCUGGGAGAGUAGGCAGUGAUGCAACUUCCCAGCAAGAAUUCACUUCUUGCCUAAAGGAGACACUAAGCGGACUAGCCAAAAAUGCCAAUGACCUUCAGAACUCAGGUAUGUCAGAAGAGGAGCUGAACAAGGCCAUGGAGGGGCUAGGAAUGGAUGAAGGGGAAGGAGAAGGGAACAUCCUCCCCAUCAUGCAGAGUAUCAUGCAGAACCUAUUGUCUAAGGAUGUGUUGUACCCAUCACUGAAGGAGAUCACAGAAAAGUAUCCAGAAUGGCUACAGAGUCACCGGGAAUCUCUACCUCCAGAGCAGUUUGAAAAAUAUCAGGAGCAACACAUUGUCAUGGGCAAGAUAUGUGAGCAGUUUGAGGCAGAGACCCCAACAGACAGUGAGACCACUCAAAAGGCUCGUUUUGAGAUGGUGCUGGAUCUUAUGCAGCAGUUACAGGACUUGGGUCACCCCCCAAAAGAGCUGGCUGGAGAGAUGCCUCCUGGCCUCAACUUUGACCUGGAUGCCCUCAAUCUGUCAGGCCCACCAGGUGCCACUGGUGAACAGUGUCUGAUCAUGUGAACCACCACAUGUUUUCCUCCCUGCUUCCCAGCCAUGGGAAACAUCUGGAUUCAGCAGAACCAUUGGGAGCCGAGGCAGGAGUGUCAUCUGCAGGAGCGAUCUACCCACAGCUCUCUGCCAUCCUACCCAAGACUGUGCCAUACCAGCUGAGGCUUUACCUCUGUUUUUCUAGGAAUAAGGCCAUUUCUGUUAGUCCUGACUGAUUGUUGUUUCAGCUGCUAGCAAAGGCCCAGCUACCUGCCAGGUGAAGAAAGGCAU